AUGUCUAAAAGACUUGGUAGCUUCUUGUGGAAUCUUCCUAAGUAUGCGGAGGAGGAAGGUACUACAGCCCAAUUCACGACAAAUGACCCAGAACUCGAAGCGAGCCACCGAUUUAACAGCCCCACGCGAGAUGAGUAUGAUCGGCAGCGCAGAAACAUUUUUGCCAACCAAAUGUUUGGUCCUGAUCAGCCACAAUCGGAAUAUGUAACGUCGCUUGGUGUGAUAAAAGAUAUCAUCGGCUGCUUUUUUGGAAAAACUUUAUUCAACCAACUCUGGGAUGAACGGCAAGCUGCCCCACCCCAAAGUCCCCUCAGGCUUGCCGAAGCCGCCCCCGAAUCUGUCGAGGCAGAUAUAGAUUUUGAAGAGGAGCUUCCUGCAGUUGAACGUACGAAUUCCUCGCUUUCGGAAGAAGUCCACCAACCGCCCACAAACUCCGGACCAGAUACGACAGAAGAAGAUUUCAACCCCGAGCCAGUAGAAAUGCAUGACCACCCAAGUGGAACUCCUGAUCGUGAUAUUGCACCAUUGGCGGCCGGAUUUGAGGAAAUGCCUCAACCAAUGGAAAUAAAAAGCUUCAUAACCAUUCAUCGGAAGGUUCCUGAGAUCCUUUCGAUGUGGUAUAAAUCACAUCAAGAAGUGAUUGUUGUCUACCUAUUCGAAUCGCGAACUUACUACAAAUUCUCCUUGGAUGGCGGACUCAAUCUCCGAGCAACUCUGCAAGCUCUUGCAAGGGAUCAUAUUUUCAUGGUGGUUAAUCAGUAUGGGCUUGGAGUUCCGGAUGUGAACAAGGUGUACGAAGUAGCAUUGAAAGAACGAUUGAUACUGGUUGGGAAAACAGACAAUCCAAGCCAUGAAAAGGGGCAAGAAGGAACAAUCUCAGCGGACAAACUUCGACAUUACGUUAUGCACUAUGACGUUCAUACGGGGAAGAGAAAGGCAGAAUCUGCAGGUAAUCGACCCGGGAAGCGCCAGAAGGAUAGGACAUCUUCUGAGGAGUUAUGA